AUGUCUUCAUAUACCACAGAGGAAAAGAAAUAUAAUGUCACUGAUAUCAACAUUGAAAACGUUCAGGAAGUUCAGGAUCUCUACACACCUAUUGAAGCUCCUAAUUCUAGAUGGGCUCAAAUCAAACAUAAAGUAACAACCAGAGACGGCUGGAUUGGUGACUAUGAUUAUGCUGCACUUUGCAUACCCAAUAUUCCAUUCCUUACCAAAAAAGCUAAUAGCUCACCUUUCUAUGGACCUAAUGAUGAUAUUCCAAUUUUAGUUACACUUCUGAUGGGUCUUCAACAUUUUUUGGCUGUAAUCGGUGCAAUCAUUGCUCCUACCAUCAUGAUUUCAGGACAAGGAUCGACGUUCUUAAAUCUAGACGAGGAUACUCGUCGUUACAUGGUUUCGGCCUCAUUAAUUGUCUCCGGUUUGAUGAGUCUGGUUCAAAUUGUUCGUAUCCGGAUUCCCAGAACUCGGUAUUUUAUUGGAGCUGGUCUUCUUCAAAUUAUGGGUGUUGCCUUCCCUAAUGUACCUGCCGCACAAGCUAUUAUCGGAAAUAUGUACAAGAGCGGAGCAUGUCCUAUGGAGACAUUAGCCGAUGGAACAGUAAAUUAUUUGGCUUGCCCUGAUGCCUUUGGUGCAGUUCUUGGUACACAGAUGAUUUGCGCUUUAUUAUCAGUUGGUAUCAGUUUCUUGCCUCCCCGUAUUAUUCGCAAGCUGUUUCCUAAGCUUGUUAUGGGUAUUGUACUGACUGUCAUCGGUACCUCUUUGAUCUCAUCCGCAAUGAAAAAUUGGGCUGGUGGUGCAGGCCCAUGUAUGAGCCGACCUACAUCCGGCCCUUUUAUGCUUUGUCCUAGCGUCUCUGCUCCUAAUGCUCAACCAUGGGGCGGACCCGUUAAUUUUGCUUUGGGUGCGUCAGUAUUUUUUAUGAUUAUUGUUAUUGAAUUGGUUGGUUCAGUGUUCCUUAAAAAUAUUUCUGUUGUGAUUGGUCUUAUGGUUGGUUGCAUUAUCGCUGCUGCUGUUGGUAUGUUCGAUAAUUCCGGUAUUGCUGCUGCUCCUGUUGGUACUUUCCUUUGGGUGAAACACUUUAAAUUAUCUGUUUAUGGCCCUGGUAUUAUUCCUUUUUUGUUUGUUCAACUCGAUAUGAUCAUUGAAUGUCUCGGUGAUUUGACAGCUGCUAGUGACGUUUCUGGCUUGGAGAUUGAAGGUAAAGCCUACGAAGAAAGAUGCCAAGGUGGUCUUUUAGCUGAUGGUAUUUCUGGUAUCUUCUCCGCCCUUGGUACAAGUAUGGGUGUUGUUACCUUUAGUCAAAAUAAUGGUGUUAUUGCUGUCACUCGCUGUGCUAACCGUCGUGCAGGUGUUGUGUGUGCUGCCCUGUUAAUAUUAUGUGGUAUCUUCAGUAAAAUUUCAGCUGCUUUUUUGGCCAUCCCCAGUCCUUUGAUUGGUGGUAUGACUGUAUUUUUGUUUGCAUCGGUCGCCACUUCUGGUAUUCGUAUCCUCGGUUAUCUUGAUUGGACUCGUCGUGAUCGUGUCAUUGUUGCUGGCUCUUUAGCUAUCGCUUUAGGUGUAUCUUUAGUACCUACCUGGUUUGAGCACGUAUUACCUACUUUUGAGAAUGAGGCACUUCAAGGCCUUAUGGAUGCCGUUGAAACAGUUAUCAGCACAGGUUAUAUUAUUGCUGGUAUUAUGUCUAUUUUCUUGAACCUGGUUUUACCUUAUGAUAAUGAAGAAUCUGCAGAAGAGAUUGCCAAAAAUAAGAAAACUGCCAGCGGAGCUGCCCGAAUUUUAAUGGACGGAAAGGAUGAAAGCAGCAGCAAAACCGACUCACUUCCCUAUAAAGACAAUGGAUCAUCCAGCGUCUAA